AUGAGGAUAAUUAAAGGCAUGGAAAAUGGGUAAAAGUUAGAGCCUUAAUUUAAAGAAAUUGGACAAUAACAUACAUUGGCAUAUAUAAAAAUGGUAAAAAAGUUGGGGUGUGGGAUAUUUAUUUUAAAUUUUAAAAGAGAGAUUAAUUAAUGUAAAAUUCUAAAAGUAUUUCUAGAGGAGGGGGAGUGUAUGAUAAAACAGGUUAAGGAUGUAAAACAGGGUAAUGGAUUGAUAUUGCUGAUGGAUUUCAAUGCAAUUCUUAUGUAAUCCACAAUGGUGAGUAUAAAAAUGGCAAAAAAGUUGGCAAAUGGGAGACUUUAUAAAAAAAUUUAGGAAAUAAACUUUCAUUGAAGAUGAUGUAAAAAUAUUUAAUUAUAUUAUAUUUAGAGGUGGAGGAAGUUAUGAUGAAGGAAAUCAAGGAUUAAAAAUUGAUUAAUGGAUUGACAUUGGCCAUAUAUUUUAGAGUGCAUAAGUGACUUAUAGUGGCGAAUAUAAAUAAGGAAAUAAAAUUGGAAGAUGGGAUAGCUGGUGGAAAUCAAAAUAUAAAUAGAAUCUAAAGAUGUAAUUAAUGAUAUUCAACAAUUUGUAAAUAGCGGUGGCGGAUAUUAUGAUAAAGGAGGUCAAAGUGAUAAAAUCGGGUUAUGGGUUGAUGUUAGCGAUGAAUUUUUUGAAGAAUCAUAAGUAAUUUUUAAUGGUGAAUAUAAAAAUGGAAAAAAAAUUGGCAGAUGGGGUAUUUGGUUAAGAAUUUAGGAUCGUCUAGGAGGGAAUAUUGGGAGAAAAUAGAUGUAAAUAAUUAAUAAAAAUAUUUUAUUUCAAUCAAGUGGAGGUGGAGCCUAUAAUGAACUGGGUUAAAAAAUUGGUACUUGAUA